UUCAAACGGCGCUGAGGGGAGCGCGGCCGCCAUGGACGGGGACGCCUCCCGGAUCCCCGUCUACAGCGCGCUGCACCGCUCCGUGCAGCCCGCAGAAACACAAAUGGCUUUACCUUCAAAGAAGCAAUGUGUCAGCAAAACAGCAGAUCUAGAGUUCAACAAAGAUCCCAAUUUUAACUUUAGCUCACAGAUUCCAGCAGAUGGUGUCUUCAAAGCUACGAACCAGGGGUUGCCUAAAUCUGCCAAGAAAGUGGAACCGCUUUCAAAGAAGACAGCUACAAGAGGACCUCUCAACAGAUACAAACUAGAAGCAGAGCUGAAGGCCAAGAAUCAACUGUUAGAAACAGCCAAACAGCAGCUACACUCCAGACUAACAGGAGCACAGGGCACUAUAAAGGAGUUAAAGGAGGAGAACGAAAGCCUGGUGCAAGAAGUUGAGAAGCUCAGGAAGUUCCAGGAGACUUGCAUGGUGAUUUUAGAGAGCAGAAACAUUGAUCCUGUUACAGGCAGCAACAUUCUGGAGGAGGAAGAAAAGACACAAGAAUGCCAGAAGCAGACAAGGCUGUUAACUGAGAAGCUCAUAGAAGAAUCCAGGCUAUUUAAUCAAACAGCUGCAAAAGAAAAGGAGGCACUUCAGACAGCCAUGGCCAAGUGGAGAUCAGCUGAGGAGGAGAGGCAGCAGUCCCUGGAGAAGCAUGGCUCCUUUCAAGGAGAAAUUACGGAAUGUUCAGCAAUACUUGAUGAGUUGGAGCAGCUCCUGGAUAUGUGAGGCACAAGGACGGACUGUUCUUUUUAGGUGUUUUACUAGUUUUCAAAACAAGCUGUCAUGCAGGGUGGUCCAAGCCCAGGCGCAGGGCGCUGCACCCCGGUGGGAUGUCACCUCCCGGGGGUGCUGGAUGGUCGGGGCAGAGCAGCGAGGCUGGUUACCCUGUGACAAGCCCUGGGGGCUCUUGUUGCUCUUCCCACGCCCGCCGGGGCCUCGCCUGGGCUCCGGCCGUGCCGGUGAACGGCGCCUCGGCUUCAGCCUGCCGGCGGCUUGUAACUGUUAGCGUUUUCCACGCAUUAAAAUGUCCUAGAAUAGAA